CUUGGCGGUUCUUCUACUACCGCCCGUCUGCUUCUGCCCUUUCUAAUCAUGUCUUCGUUUUUGUUCGCUCUUCCCUUUUUCUUCCAACUGCGCAGACGGCGUGGUGUGUAUCGAACCCCAAUCCCCUGUACCCGACAACCUCCCAGUAACAAACAAGAUUCUAACGCGAAGCCUAUGAACUGUAUCAAGGAUAAACCAGGAAUGUCACAUCAAAGUGCGUACAAAUGUAAACAAGAAGUGUAACACCUAUUUCUUAGAGAAGCAAUAGCAACACCAUGGCUCGGAGUACCAAGUCUCGACACAGAAUCCCAGAACAGGAGCUAUCCAGAAUACCAAUUUAUCCUCCUUUCGACUCCGCAGAGAAGUAAUCCGUGGAUGGGCAACUAUGCCAAGUCUCCGCCGCAGCAGCGGGUUUCCCCACAUCAUCGUUGUUAUCGUUCAAACCGUGUUCGCGCGCAGCCUGGGAUGCACUUCCACGAGCGUAGCAGUAUCACCACCUCCCUCAGACUCCAGCGCACUCUCCCCCUCUCCCUCUCCCUCCGGAUCCUGCAGACCAGCAGCAGGUGGAGGCGGCCAAACGACGGCAUUCGCAUUGUCGGCGACAUCAGAGAAGAACCGCGUGGUGAUGAACUCAUCGGCCCACCAAUCGAACUGGGUCCGGCCCUGCCGCUGCCACCGGGUCGCGACGCGCUGCCCGCCUUCUUGGCCACUAGAGUCAGAAGUCCGCGCCUCAAACGUCCAGAACAUGACCUGGUUGCCGCCGAGACACCCGCCGCCCGCCAGCAUCAUCGACGCCGGGAUCCGGUAGUUGGGGUCCGCCAGCGCGCUGCGCCAGAAGAGCAGCAGCGUGGUGAUGUACCAGCCGGGGUCGGUGCUGGGGCCAUGGAUGAACCACAAGAACGGCCGGCCCCGGAUGAAGGCCACGAAGGUCUGGAUAUCGACUGUGUGUGUCGGAUCCGUGCCCGACGGGACUUGCUGCACGAUGUCGAGCAGCCCGUAGUUGCCGAGCGGGUGUAGGCGGCUGGUGAGGCGGUCGCGCCAGCAGGGGAUCUCGGGGGCGAGGUGCGACAU